AUCUCAAGGUAGAAGUGUAUGCGUGCAUGUUAGGCUGUUAGCAAUGGAGAUGGGAAGAUCGAUAUGGCUUACGGUGCUGAUCCCUGCGAUCAUGGUGUCCUCCUUCUACGGCGAGACUGCCGCAACCGACUGGGAGACGGCAACGGCGGGAGGGCCGCCGCCGGAGACGAACGUGCUGUGCGUCAGCAAGUGCGGGACGUGCCCGACGUUAUGUUCGUCGCCGUCGCCGCCGCCACCGUCGUCACCGAACAGUGACGGCAGCGGCUACUCCUCGCCGUCGCCUCCGCGCUCCACGACGCCGCCAUCUCCGCCGGCCGGGCAGCAGCCGCAGGCAAAGGGAGGGAGCCCCAGCGGCUACUACUACUUCCUCACCGCCGGGAGCGGCCGGAGCUGCGCCGCGUCGAGCGUUCGCUACACGCUGCUGCUGCUCCUGGCGGUUCUUCCCUUCCUCGUCGCUGUUUAA